ACGAGGAUUGGAGAACAAACAUUGAAGAGUGUGUGUGUAAGUGAUCGAAGAAAAAUGGUACGAGUUGACAAAAGAGUUGCAGCAGUGUUGCUGUUGCUGUGUGUUAAUGCUUUUGUGGCCAAUGUUGUGGUUGCAAGGAAUGUGGCGAGUGUGAAUGAGGAGAAGAACUUCGGAUUUGGAAAGGGAGGUGGUUUUGGAGGAGGGUUUGGUGGUGGUGAAGGAGCUGGUGGUGGUUUUGGGGGUGGCUUUGGAGGUGGUGCAGGCGGCGGGGCUGGAGGUGGAGGAGGCUUUGGUGGUGGUGCAGGUGGCGGUGGGGGACAUGGACUUGGAGGAGGUGUUGGUGGUGGGUUUGGCAAAGGAGGAGGGAUUGGCGGUGGAAUAGGUAAGGGUGGAGGAUUUGGUGGAGGCGGUGGUGCUGGUGGUGGUGCUGGCGGUGGUGGAGGGCUUGGUGGAGGACAUGGCAUUGGUGGCGGUGCCGGUGGUGGAUUUGGGAAGGGUGGAGGUCUUGGUGGCGGACAUGGUGGUGGUGCUGGCGGUGGUGGAGGGCUUGGUGGAGGACAUGGCAUUGGUGGUGGUGCCGGUGGAGGGUUUGGUGGUGGACACGGUGGUGGACUUGGUGGUGGACACGGUGGAGGACUUGGUGGUGGACAUGGUGGUGGACUUGGUGGAGGACAUGGCAUUGGUGGUGGAAUAGGGAAGGGUGGAGGACUUGGUGGUGGUGGCGGCUUUGGAAAAGGUGGUGGUCUUGGUGGAGGACAUGGGUUCGGUGGCGGUGCCGGUGGCGGAUUUGGAAAGGGUGGAGGUCUUGGUGGUGGACACGGUGGUGGAUUUGGUGGUGGUGCCGGUGGUGGUUUCGGAAAAGGUGGAGGACUUGGCGGUGGUGUUGGUGGAGGACAUGGAAUUGGUGGUGGUGCCGGUGGUGGGUUUGGAAAGGGUGGUGGACUUGGAGGUGGAAUUGGCAAAGGGGGAGGAUUAGGUGGCGGUGCUGGUGGCGGCUUUGGAAAAGGUGAUGGUUUAGGUGGUGGUGUUGGUGGUGGAUUUGGAAAGGGUGGUGGCCUUGGAGGAGGAAUUGGCAAAGGUGGUGGUUUUGGUGGCGGUGUUGGAGGAGGCUCAGGUGGCGGCAUUGGUGGAGGAUUUGGUAAAGGUGGAGGUUUCGGUGGUGGUAUUGGAGGGGGAUCUGGUGGUGGCUUCGGAGGAGGUGGAGGUGGAGGUGGAGGUGGAGGUGUAGGUGGAGGAUUUGGUGGAGGAGCAGGAGGCUUAUAUCAUCAUAUAUACUAUUUUAAUUAA